AAGAAAUGAACCAAAACCCAAAACUGUCCGUGAACCAAUGUGAAUGAACAACUAGACUAUUUGUAUAUGGAUAUUACUAGCUGAAGUAGAAUUUAUGUGGUGAUUAUUCCUACAGGAUUAUAACAAUGAUUUUUGAAGGAUUUUUCCGAUAUAUAUCAUCUCAUCCAUCAAUAAUUAUUGGAGCAUUUCUAUUCUACGUAUUUGUGUAUUGUGUAUCGCUACUGGUUAACAGAAAGAAACCUGGACGGAAUCCAUUUUAUAAAAAUCAGGAAAAGCCAAGAGAAAAAUUGGUGACGGAUAUAAAAGCCAGGGAUGCCAUUCUCAAGCAGCGCUUUACACCAGCUAAAGUGCCAGAGAAUUUAGAUGCUAUAGUAAUAGGUAGUGGAUAUGGUGGGCUAUCGACUGCUGCUAUAUUAGCCAGAGCAGGAAAGAAGGUGUUAGUCCUAGAACAACAUGAUCAAGCUGGGGGAUGCUGUCAUACUUAUUACAGUAAAAAAGGAUUUGAAUUUGACACAGGGAUCCAUUAUGUUGGUAAUAUGGGAGAAAGAGAAUCACAUAGAUUUUUUCUAGAUCAGCUGACUGAUGGACAGAUUGAUUGGGUUCCAAUGGCUGAUGAUUAUGAUACUGUGAUAUUAGGAGAGGCCAGUGAAAAUAGAAGAUAUAAAAUGUUACGUGGAAGAGAAGAAUGUAUUAGAGAGUUGAAGAAAAACUUCCCUAAAGAUCAUGAAGCUAUUGAUAAAUAUAUAGACCUUAUUAUGAAAGCAAGAGCUGGAUAUACAGGACUAAUGAUGCUAAAAUAUCUACCAAAAUGGUUAUGUAAAAUACUAAUAUUCACUGGAAUUAUUCACUGGAUAUCAGAGUAUUUUAAAUAUAGUCAGAUGUCAGUGAUACAGGUCCUAGACACUUUAACUGAUAAUAUAGAACUUAAAGCUACUCUAUCCUAUAUAUUUGGUGAUUAUGGUGUUCCACCAAAGGAAGCAGCAUUUUCAUUCCAUGGGACAUUAGUAGGACAUUAUCUAGGAGGAGCUUACUAUCCUAGAGGAGGACCAAGUGAGAUAGCACUUCAUACCAUUCCAGUUAUAGAAAUACCAGGAGGUCGCGUAUUAGUACAGGCUCCAGUAUCUAAAAUAAUCAUCAAUUCUAAAGGUCGUGCUGUUGGAGUAACAGUAAAGAAAGCAACAGGAGAUAUGGAUAUCAAUGCGAAGUAUAUCAUAUCUGAUGCAGGUGUUAUUAACACCUUUCAAUAUUUAUUACCACCUACUAUAGCUACUAAAUCAUGUAUUUAUCCAAUGAUUGAGAAGCUAGGAUCAAGUUGUUCUUUUAUAACAGCUUUUCUAGGAUUAGAGGGAAGUACAGAGGAACUCAAUCUAAAUGCUGGUAAUAUCUGGUAUUUUACACAGGCUGAUACUGAUGGGGCUUUGAACAAGUUCCUUUCAUUAGAUGUUGAUGAUGUAGGCCAUCAGGAUUUCCCCUUACUGUAUAUUUCAUCACCCUCAGCUAAAGAUCCUUCAUUUCCAGAUAGAUUUCCAGGAAACAGUGUAUUACUAGUAAUAACACUAGCUAAAUAUGAAUGGUUUGAGAAAUGGAAGGAUGAGAGAGUUAAAAAGAGAGGUGAUGAAUAUAAUGCUAUUAAAGAUAGAAUAGGAGCUAGGAUUAUAGAACAAUGUGUUAAACUAAAUCCUAAACUAGAGGAUAAGGUAACAUUAUUGAAAGUUGGUACACCAGUGACCAAUAACUACUAUCUGGGAACUAAGAAAGGUGAAAUGUAUGGUUUAAAUCACAGUAUGGAGAGAUUCUCACCUGAAGUUUCUAUGACAUUACGUCCUAAAACUGAUAUACCUGGUCUCUAUCUCACAGGUCAAGACAUGGUUACAUGUGGUUUUGUAUCAGUUUUAUAUGCUGGUUUACUGACAGCUUCUACUAUAUUACAUAGAAACUUAAUGUCAGACCUUCAUAGUCUGAGAAAACAGGUCAUUCAAGCUGCCAAAGAAAAGAAAGACAAGAAACUUGAUUAGAUAUUACACCAAGGUUGAAACUGAAAUUUACAGUUACUUGUCAUUAUAAGAAGAUUUUGUUGUGAAACUACAUAUUGGUUAUUUAAAAUUGCACUUGAUGUACCAAAGGUUAGCUUAUUUCAGUAAAGGUGUCAAAUUUCUCUGUUGGUCAUUUCAAGUCAAAAUCAAAACAAGAAUUCCAAUCAGAAACAACAUGUAGCCAAAUGGAAGUCUAUGUUACAAGUUGAAGCAAUGUCUUUAUAUUGUUAAGAUUAUUGUAUAUAUGAAUUAAGUUAUGUUUUGUUAUAUUUUCUAUGUCUAAAUAUAAGUGUGAAGAUAGUGGUACCAAUUUUUUUACUUGACAUAUUAGUGAAUUCAUCCACACGGGCAUAAUUUCAUCUUUAAGCACUUUCAUAAGAAGAGUUCGUUUAAAAAAUCAAGGUUUGUUGCUGUCAAUGCAGACUAUUUCCAGUCUUGCCUCCAUGGAAGUAGGAAUGACUAUGUUGUUAUAGUUCAACUAUUGUUAAAGCAGAAGCUUUUAGCCACUUAAAGAACUAAAAUACUUCUGUUAAAAUUUUUAUUGUUAAGUUGUUGGCAUGUUUUAGAGUUCAUAUGUUUAUACAGAAAGUUACAUCCAUUCAUGGGCAGCUUGUAUGUUCAUUAUUGUUCCCAUAUGUUUAUAAACUUUAUAUUUAUAAAUAAAAUGGAUUACAAAUCU